UCACAAAACCUUUGGCAACCUUUUGUAACUUACGAAUUUUGAUGGAGUGGCAACCAUAUUGUUUGCCAAAGAUUCGUUGUGUUUUUGCUUGUUCAAAGAAAAGAAUGCAAAAUGUGCCAAAGGAAUAUUAAAAAUUAUUUUUCCGCUAACCGAAAGGGUCAAACAGUUUUGACUAAAUCAGAAUCCGAUUCUGACGAAUCUGUUGAUACUGAAAUCAAUAUUUCUCAAUAUGCAGAUGUAUCUCAAUAUGAAGAUCUUUUUAAAAAGAAAAAUGAAUUUAAAAAUUUGGCAAAGGUUGUUGUAAAUGAAGGUGGUAUAUCAUUGUGUUGGAAAUAUUUUGGUGAUCUCUAUUUUAAAAAGAGGCAUAUACUUCAAAAAUAUAAAUUUUGCAAAUUGUGUUUGGAUGAAAAGACCAAUUUAAAAAGUUUUGGAAAAUCAACAUCAACCACAAAUUAUAUGAACCAUCUACGAGCUGUACAUAACUUGGACGUGAAAUCUUUAAAUAACCUGAAAAGUUCAACAAUGACACAAAAUGCAUUGAAAUCCUCAACAAGUUGUAACAACAAACAACAAAAUGCUCGCCGGGUCGCCGAAAUGUGCUGUUGGGAUUUGCAACCGUUUAAAAUUGUUGAAAGGCCAGGAUUUAAGAAAUUGGUAUCUUUCUUAAACCCAAAGGCUAUAUUCCCCACAGAUAGGACAAUAGCUACAACGGCUUUAAACGAUGUUUAUAACAUAUAUUUGGACCACGUAAAAACAAGCCUUAAAGAGUCGCCCGAAAAUGUUACACUUGUAUUGGAUAUGUGGUCAGAUAAACAUAAGCACUUGUCUUACAUAAACAUAAAAGUGCAUUUCUGCCAAAAUUUUCAAAUGCAAAUUGUAACGCUCAAGACAGAGAUCUUUCCACGACCUCACACUGGACUAGCAGUUGUAGAAAAAAUUGAAGAAGCUUUAUGUGAAUUUAAUCUGUUGGAAAAAAACAUAUGUGCUGUUACUGAUGGUGGAAGCAACAUCGUUUCAGCUUUAAAAAUUAAAAAUAUACCAAGAUAUGGUUGUAUGGCUCAUGUUUUACACAGAUUUUUGAUGGAAGAUAUACUAAACAACAACUCAUUUGAAAAUAUUAAUAACAUAAUAUCAAAAUUAAAAAAAAUUUAUGGCAGCUUAAUGUAUAGCUAUGAAGAAAUAUCAAAUAUUCAAAAUAUGGAGGAACAAAACGAUUUAGUAAAAAUAUUUACAGAGGUUGAAAUAAUUUUGGAGAGUUUGGAUAGUUGCGAACAAUUUCCACAUGGAGAUGACUAUUUUACUGAACAAUAUGAAGCAACUUUAAACGUCAAGCACCACACCUCUUUGAAAAAUUCCGUUGCAACACGUUGGAACUCUCUGCUUGCAAUGAUUCAAAGCUAUACGAAUAAUAUAUCCACUAUAAAUAUAGCAUUAGUUAAAGUUAAAAGGAACUGUUAG